UCGCCUCAAAUGCAAGGAACAAAUGCCCCUGGCAGCCCCCGGAGAGGUGGAUCUCAAGUUCCAGCCGCGAGAUGUCAAUCAAUGUCAAAGUUACAUCGUUGACAUGAUCUCAAGUAUGGUCGCCUCAGAUCGACUUCUUCCUCUUUCAUUCGUUAUUCUUCUGUUGUUGUCUGCAGGUUGAGCGUUCUCGGCCGCAAGUGAAAUGAAAAUGCGCUUUGUUUCUCUUCUUCAAGUCUGUUUGUGGGGGUUUGGAUGUGCGAGUAUUGUUAAUGGAUACGAGUUACAAGAACGAGAUGCGGCGACACCGCCAGAAUGUUCUUCGACUUGCUUAGCGACUUAUAUACCCGAAUUUUGCGGAUCGAUAUCGAAUGUCACUUGUGCGUGUACGCAUCCAAACGUUACAGCCGCCGUCUCGGCUUGUGCGCUCCAAUCAUGUAAUGUGCUCGACAUAUUACAGUUAGAACGAUACACUGCCGUGAGCUGUGGUAUCGAGAAUGACAAGAGUCGCUUGAACAUGGUGCUUCAUGUCGAUUAUACUGUUCCCUUCCUGACCUUUUGCUUCCUGACCGGACGAAUUGUUGGACGAUUGCUGUUAGGAGUUGGACUUGGAUCGGAUGACUGGACCAUGGUCGCAGCAUUUAUUUCCUAUCUCAGUGGUGUUGGCACUUCGUUGGGCCUGGUAUUAAACGGAUUCGGACAGCAUACGUACUGGCUGACCGAAAAUCAAAUCAUCACUGCUCUCAAGUUCUUCUACAUCACCGAGCUCGCGUACACACUCACAACUACUCUGACGAAACUAUCGCUUCUGCUCUUCUUCCUCCGUAUAUUCCCCAAUCGCCAAUUCCGCCUCCAAGUUCAGAUUCUCUCCCUACUCGUGAUCCUCACUGGUCUUUCACUGAUAAUCGCUCUUGCCUUCCAAUGCAUCCCCUUUAGCGGAUACUGGACAAACUGGUCUCUCCCCUUCAGCUCUCAAACGAAAUGCAUCAAUCAGUACGCUGCACUAUAUGCAGGAUCUGGACUCAGCAUCGUACUGAACUUGAUAAUCCUCUUGUUACCGAUCCCAACUCUUUGGAAGCUGGAAUUAAGUAUAAAAAGAAAGGUUAACGUUUUGGUCAUGUUCAGUGUGGGGAGUGGGGUUAUAGUAUUCAGUCUCUUGCGCUUGCCCAGUUUACGGAAGUUGAAAGGCAGCUCGGAUAUCUCUUAUGAUCAAGCGCCAAUCAUUGUUUUCUCUCACCUCGAGCUCUCUUUCGGUAUCAUCUGCGCUUGUCUGCCUGCCUGUCGCACUCUACUCGAAUACUUUCUCCCUGCUCUGAAGAUCAAGCUCGAUGGCUCUGAAGAGCAUGGUGACGACCGUUACGAGGAUGGGAGUGGAACAGUCACGGGUGGAGGCAAAAGCGGGCUGGGAAGAAGCAGGAGGAAUACUAGCAACACUAGUUCAAAGAGUUUAGUUGAGCUGAGGGAACGGGAGAGAAGCGAUGGCGACGUGGAUGCGGAAUGGGUUAAGAAUGGAGGCCUUGACCUAGUUGAGAGCGGGAAGCAUGGGAUGAGCAGGACGGAUGUAACAACUGAUACUACGAGUGCGGAGGAGCAAGGGCGUAUGGAACCGUGGCAGUCGAAAGAGAGAAGGAAGAGUGCGAAUAUGGAGGCGGUUAUCUUUAAGACGGUGACGGUGGAACAAAGCCAUGAGUCGCGCGAGGCUUCAAUGUCAGCGCAUGCGAGGUAGAAUAGUAUGGGGAGGUCUGCCAAGUCGUAAUGGUGUAAGGAUAUCUGUGUUUGUGCUUUGGUCUGCUGUACAUAGG